AUGGGCCUCACCACAUUGGCCUUGCUUGGCAUGUUCAGAUCUUCAUUCGUUGGCGACAAAAUGAGAGCUCAGAAAUUCAUGCAGUACCGAAUCAUUGCACAGUUCUUCACUGUGACUGCACUUGUUGCUGGAGUCACGAUCUUCGGUGUUACUUAUAAAGAUGAAGAACACAAAAAGAUGGAAAAAGCCUCAUCUGCAGGUGCAGUCCUCAACAAGAAUUAG